AUGGUUUGGAAAGGUGAUUAUGAUGACAAAUCUAUCUACAUAUGUUUGGCCGAGCACAGAGUGGAUGGCUACUCUACUUACGCUAUUAAAGCCGUUGAAUUGAGCGCCUUAUCUUCUUCUUCUCUGUCUUCUGGGUGCUCACUGAAGUUACGGCAAGUGGCUUACACAUCCGGCGAGGAUCUUCCGGAUAAUAUGGCCUGCGGUGUCUUCGGAUCCAAAAUUCUUUUGGCCGGUGGCACGAUAGGCGUGUAUGACCCGAUAAUAGCUACCCAGGAAGGCAGAUAUAACCCGGAAUUAGGCGGAUUCGUGCCAUGUCCGUGUACAGAAAUCCAAGUGUUUGAUACUCGAAAUCAAAGCCAAAGCCCCACCACCUUCAGGACCUUGGGGAGUUUCAUUGAAGGGAAAGCCAACCCCUUCCUCCUAGAGGUGGACGGAAAGCUGUAUGCUUUGGCUAGUUAUCCCAUACAAUCAUCUAUCAAUUCUGGGGGUUCUUCGUAUUUCGAAGUACUCGAUCCCAUUCGCGGGGUAUGGUCGACUCUUCCAUACCCGCCGGUUUUCAAUGACUAUAAUAGGACGUACGGCCAUGCUGGGCCUGGAGAUUUUUUUUGCUUUGUCGCAGGAUCAAACAUCUUUUGCACCAGUGCAUAUUCUCCCUCCUACUACCGAUUUGAUGUUGCUGAGCCCGUCAAGGGAUGGAGAGCACUCCCUCCUUGUUUCAACUCCGGGCCUUUGCCUGAAAAUAUAUUAGGCAGAACAUUCGUGGCAGACGGUGGUGAUGGGGAAUUUAUACUCUUCAGUUUUAGUUAUGGAGAGCCAGAGUAUCCUCAUCCGCAUAUACAAGUGCAAUUGCUGUCGUCUGAUUUUGGUUGUGUGACGACUCUAAACCGUGUGCUGCUGCCAACAGAUAAGAUACCUCCGGCUCCGGUAUUCCUUCCCCCUACCAGUUAUAGGUUUGUCAAUCUAGGAGGUCCAAGACUCUGCCUUCUUUUGUCCAGCUUCGAUAGUUAUGUUGAUGGGGUGGAGAAGGAGGAGGAGGAGUUGAUCGUUUUUGCCCUACAAUUUGAAUUUACCAAGAAAAAGGAUUCCUUGGAUGUCCAAUUCCUCGGUACUAACAUUUUUGUUGAAAGCGACACUGACACCCAGCGUCCUCAAGAAUCUGACAUCUAUACUGUAGAGAUGCUUGGCGCCAUUUUGUUGUAA